UAAUUUAAUGUUAUCGGUAUUUGCGAUAUAUCGAUAUAUCUGAGCACAACAAGAAUCAUCCCUAUUUCAGUAAAUUCUAGAUUGUUUUUUAUAUAGAAAAAAAAAACAAAUGGAAAAUGGAAAAAUCGCAAGAGUUCAUGAAAUAUUUGCGUUUCAAAAGCAAGGAUGGCAUUGUGUCACAGGAGGAGCGCAACUGGGAUAACCAGGAGAGCGGAAGGCGCACACCGCCGGUCGAUGAGGCGGGAAGUCUCGACAUCAGUGCGUCUACGGAAGUCUCCGAGGCAGACGGAGAUGGAGAUGGAGCCGAAGCAGAUCUGUCAAAUGAGACAACUGAUGGUGCGGAGAACUGUGAUACAACAGUUGAAUCCGAGCACGACUCAAGCACAAAUCAAAGGCAACCGCAGAUGGGCGAUAACCACAGUCCCGUUUCGGUUGAUAUGACGGCCGAGGGAGAGGACAGUAGCAGUAGUAGCUCGGCGGGAAGCGGUGAACAAAGUGGCACGGAUACAUCGGAAGGCAGCGAUGGUGACGAUGACGCCACUGAGGAUGAGCCCUCGCAAAAUACUGUGGUCUCUGUCAAUGCCAUUACAGGCAGAUCCGAUAAAGUCAAUGAAAUUGUCAAAAAUGUUGAUGAAUCCAUAGAGACAAACGAGGAUGCUGUUGAUGUCGUUAUACAUUCAGCGCCUAGUGAAGUUGAAGCCGAAGUGGAGGCUCCCAUGGAUGGAGAAGCCGAGGUGGAGCAGGAGCCGGAAGCGGAUGCGGAGGUUGUAGCAGUAACGGAAAUGCCCGAAACACCCGCUUCCCCGACCGAUGAUGGCGAGGAUCCGAUCGAUAUACUGCCAGCUUAUAAGCGUCCACGUUACGUGCCUGACAAGGAUCAACGGCUGCAGAUGCAGAUGCAUAUGCCCAUGGCCAUGCCCAUGCCCAUGCCAGAACUGGAUGCACAUCGACAGCUACAGCAAACACAUAUGCUGCACUUGCCCCGCAUGGUGCCGAGGGAUCCUCGCCAGAGAUCCAAACAACAAACUCCGUCGAAACCCGUACGUAAUUUGCUAAACGAAGACAUUGAAAGCAUCUCGGGCAGCAGUGAGGAGAACACCAGCAGCGACGAUGGUGACGAAGAGGAGGAAGAGUUCGACGAUGAACCCAUUCUAAUAGAGCACGACAGCACAAUGAGGGACACGGCAACUGCACCGGAGGCGCCAGAGACACCGGGAACACCAGAUGCCGAGGGUGAUCUGCCGCUGCAGAAGAUUGAGAUCAAUGAGAAUCCCGAAAAGAUCUACUACAUACGACGUGCCGAUGGCACAGUUCAUGCCGGUCAGGUACUACAAUCUCGUUGUACGGACAACUCGCCAAUACCCAACGAGUAUUAUGUGCACUAUGUGGGUCUCAAUCGUCGCUUGGACGCUUGGGUGGGACGCCAUCGUAUCUCGGAUAAUGCCGAAGACCUGGGUGGCAUUACGGUGACGACACCGUCCCAAUCUCAGUCCCAGUCCCAAUCGCAAUCCCAGGCCCCGUCAAGCAGUCAAGCACUUGCUGAACAGCCCGGCACAAGCAGCAGCAGUGGCAGCAGCCAACCCAGUGUGGUGCGACCCAAGCGACAGGGCAACAAGGAUUACUAUCUGUCGGCGUGCGAGAAUAAUCGCUACGAUUACAGCGACCGAAAGAUGACACGCUACCAAAAGCGACGCUACGAUGAAAUCAAUCAUGUGCAGAAGAGUCACGCGGAGCUGACCGCCUCACAGGCGGCCCUCGAGAAGGAGCACGAGAAUAUUACAAAGAUCAAGUACAUUGACAAGCUGCAGUUUGGCAACUAUGAGAUAGACACCUGGUACUUCAGUCCCUUUCCCGGUGAAUACGGCAAGGCUCGGGUUCUCUACGUCUGCGAGUAUUGCCUUAAAUAUAUGCUGCGCGAGAAGAGCUAUCGUUACCAUUUGUAUGACUGUAAGAAGCGGAAACCACCGGGAAGGGAGAUCUAUCGCAAGGGCACCAUAUCCAUCUUCGAGGUGAACGGCAAGGAGGAGCCACUUUAUUGCCAGCUGCUCUGUUUGAUGGCCAAACUCUUUCUCGACCACAAGGUGCUGUACUUCGAUAUGGAUCCAUUCUUUUUCUAUGUGCUCUGUGAGAUCGACAUGGAGGGCAGCCACAUCGUCGGCUAUUUCUCCAAGGAGAAAAAGUCGCAGGAUAACAAUAAUGUGGCCUGCAUCCUGGUGUUGCCACCACACCAGCGUAAGGGUUACGGCAAACUCUUGAUUGCCUUCAGCUAUGAACUGUCACGCAAAGAGGGCGUCAUUGGCAGUCCAGAGAAGCCGCUGUCCGAUCUGGGCCGACUCAGUUAUCGCAGCUAUUGGGCCUAUACACUGCUGGAGCUAAUGAAGGGACGCUGUUCCGCCGAGCAGACGAGCAUUAAGGAGCUGAGCGAAGCCAGUGGCAUCACCCAUGAUGACAUCAUUUAUACCCUGCAGUCCAUGAAGAUGAUCAAGUACUGGAAGGGACAGAAUGUGAUCUGUGUGACAGCGAAAACAAUUAACGAUCAUCUACAGCUGCCACAGUUCAAGCGACCCAAACUGACCAUCGAUUUGGACUACUUGAACUGGAAGCCACGUACAGUGCCCCAUCUCGUUACCCAUGUUAAGACCAUUGUUCCCGCACCAAUCUAUCAAUCACCAUCUGCACCGCUGGCACCACUCGCACUGGCGGCACCACCAUCACCAGCGCCACCAGCGAGACCUCUUUAGUUAUCUGCAAAUAUUUAACUUAAUGUUUUAUAAUAAUUUUUUUUUUAUUUUUUUUUUGUGCAUUGCUGUUCAGGAUUAUAUCAAGGAUUGCUUGACGAAUAUGAGUUAGGAUAUGGAAAAACAUUUUUUUUUUAUUAAUUGGACAUUCUACCGCUUAAGUAAGCUAAAUUUUUUUUAACAUUUUUUUUUUAGUCAUAAACUUGAAUAAAAUAUGAAAUAAACAUAUAAACUAA